UGAGGCGUGGAGCGGGCUAAAUGCAGUGCAUGCAGCCCGCAGCGUAUCGCGUCAUAGCCGUCACUCGUUAUUGGUUGAAAUUCGUUCUUUGCUGCAGUUGCAUGCACUACAAGACGACGAGUACGCACAAUUGAUUGGCGUUUUAUUUUACGAUGCUCAAAGCGUUCCCCACUUUUCUGCCGAGCGCUCAAGAUCCGCGCCGGUAACUAUAUAAUAAUGUAGAGGGGACCUUACAAUGCCCUAUUGCUACCCAGGUCACCACAGCGCGCAGCCCCAGACACACUAUGUCCCACUUCACACCAUGUCAGCGGUGAAGCGCGCGCCAUGCCAGCACCGGGGCAGACCGCCGCUGUCACGCCGAGGGCCCGUCACGCUCCCCCACGUCGUUGUCACGUUGCUCGUGUUGAACGUCACGGGGAGGGUUGGUGCUGAAUCCCUCACCAGCCGCAUGCUAGCCACCUUCCUGGGCUACCCGUCGACGUGCUCGCUCGGCUCGGAGGUGCGUCCCUGCACGCUGUCUCUGACCUGCUGGUUACGCGGCGGCUCCCGCGUCAGAGGCUGUGGGGGAUCCUGGCUGUUCUCCUGCUGUGUCUUCGCUGAACGAGGGAAUGAUGUGCUGGAUAACAGCAUACCAUCAUCAGAUUGGAAGUACAACGUGGUGCCACCGAAGCUGCGCCAAGUCCCACAGCGCAGCGUGGUGCCCGCCAACGUCUUCCGGAGAAGAGCUGAUGAUGAUAUGUCACAGGUAGACUGCGGGCUGUCCUCAUCCAAGAUGAUUCAGAAGCGCAUCAUCGGCGGGCGCGAGGCCAAGUUCGCGGAGUUCCCCUGGCAGGCCCACGUCCGGAUAUCGGAGUUCCAAUGUGGAGGAGUAUUGGUGUCCCGGCAGUUCGUGGGCACGGCGGCGCACUGCGUGUCGCGCGCGCGCGCUCGCGACAUCGCCGUGUGGCUCGGCGCGCUCGACACCAGCGCCGGCGCGCCCUCCGCCAGGAAGCGAGGGGUCAUCCAAAAAAUCCUGCAUCCACUAUUCCAAUUCCGCAUGACACAACCGGAUCGCUACGACAUCGCGCUGCUGAAGCUGUCCCGCCCGGUCACCUACACUAGCCACAUCCUGCCGAUCUGUCUGCCGGAUAGAGACAUGGAGCUGCGAGGAAGGAACGGUGUGAUAGCGGGCUGGGGAAAGACAGAUGCUAGUACUGGACAUACUGGGACUAAUCUACUGCGAUCAGCCACGGUGCCUAUACUUAGCACAGAACAGUGCAUCAACUGGCACCGCAGCAAGCAGAUCUCUGUGGAGAUUCACUCGGAGAUGAUCUGCGCGGGACACUCGGAUGGACACCAAGACGCUUGCCUAGGUGACUCCGGUGGACCCCUAAUCGUAUUGGACAAUGGCCGGUACUACCUCGUGGGAAUCACAUCAGCUGGCUUCGGCUGCGGAGUGGACCACCAGCCCGGCAUCUACCACAACGUGAAGGUCACCAGCACUUGGAUAAAAGGAGUUGUGUCGGAGCAAAUGAACUAUAUUGACUUUUAAAAGGAAGAUUAUGAACUUACCAAGUGGUGUUAUAGAGAGGUAUUGGCCCAAAACUGUGGAAGAGGAAGAUAUAAUGAACUGAGAGACGGAUAAACGAGUGGUUUGGGUAGUGGUGACCAGUUUGCGUUCC